UCGGCGUCGGAGGUGUGUCUCGUGCCGUCGUCGUUAGUUAAACAACCGAUCGCCGCUAGGCCGCCUGCUAUGUACUGUCGCUUUCGUUGCCAACGGUGCGUGUUGAGUGUCUUCAGUGUAUGAUCCCUUGGAUACUACUCGCUCCUAUUUGGAUUAUAACCUCUCUGCGCCUUGGAUAACUGUGAUGUGCUGUGUUCAAGCCAUGACGAUGGUUUUUUAUUUAGGUUAGGUGAUACCCGCUCUCGAAACUCGAACCAAACCCCGCGCUAGUCGUGAGAUGUUACUCGACAUGGAGAACCAUUCCACGUUGUUGUCGCUUAACAUGUCCCCCUUCAACCCCAACACGGGCGAUUCCCCCGUGGCCAACCAGGCCUCCAGCCCCCUGCCGCCCCAGUACGGCUCGCCCCCCAUAUCCACCCCCUACAGCAGCUGCCAGCAGACCAUGGGCAUGUCCCAUCAUCAUCACCAGCCCCCGAUGAUGAUGCCUCAGUCCAUGGGUAACCUAGACACGUCCUAUCUAUUUUCUUCAGGGGCCGGCGCCAUCUCCGGCAUCGACAUGGGCGGCAGUUACCAGAUCACGGGGCCGCCCGCCGCACCGGGGGACAUCCCCGACACCAAGGACGGGAUCGAGGAGCUCUGCCCCGUCUGCGGGGACAAGGUGUCGGGGUACCACUACGGGUUGCUCACCUGCGAGUCCUGCAAGGGCUUCUUCAAGAGGACCGUGCAGAACAAGAAGGUGUACACGUGCGUGGCGGAGAGGAGUUGUCACAUCGACAAGACGCAGAGGAAGAGGUGUCCCUUCUGCCGGUUUCAGAAGUGCCUGGAGGUCGGGAUGAAGCUUGAAGCUGUACGGGCCGACAGAAUGAGGGGCGGACGAAACAAAUUCGGACCCAUGUACAAGCGAGACAGGGCGAGAAAGCUGCAGAUGAUGCGGCAGCGUCAGCUGGCCGCCCAAACCCUGCGAGGCUCCCUGGGCAACGACAUGUACAACACCCAGCCGGGCACGUCGCCCUUCAACAUCCACAUCAAGCAGGAGAUCCAGAUCCCCCAGGUGUCAUCCCUGACGUCCUCGCCGGACUCCUCGCCCAGCCCCAUCGCCGUGGCGCUCGGCCAGGUCAACUCCAACCUGGUGCAGCCCGCCUCCAACCAGCAGCCCGCCCUUCAGAUAGUCGGGGUGCCGGGAGGCGCGCCCACCUCCAUGGUCAUGGGCCCCGACAACAAGCUGUGGGGCCAGGCCAACUCCACCACCACCUCGCCCCAUUCGCUUAGCCCCAAAGUGUUCCAAUUCGAGACUGUAGUACCCGGCAGUAGUGUACCUCACUCUAGUAAAGUGUCGCCCCUGAUCAGGGACUUUGUGCAGGCUAUCGACGACCGCGAGUGGCAGAACUCCCUCUACGGACUCUUGCAGAGCCAGACGUACAAUCAGUGUGAAGUGGACCUAUUCGAACUCAUGUGCAAAGUGCUGGACCAGAAUCUGUUCUCGCAGGUCGACUGGGCGAGGAACUCGAUAUUCUUCAAGGAUCUCAAGGUGGACGAUCAGAUGAAGCUUCUCCAGCACUCGUGGUCGGACAUGUUGGUUCUGGAUCACAUACACCAGCGUAUGCACAAUAACCUGCCCGACGAGACCACCCUACACAACGGACAGAAGUUCGACCUGCUGAGUUUGGGCCUUCUCGGCGUACCCAGCCUGGCGGACCACUUCAACGAUAUCACCGCCAAGCUGCAGGAGUUGAAGUUCGACGUCAGCGAUUACAUCUGUAUUAAAUUCCUGUUGUUGCUAAAUCCAGAUGUCCGAGGCAUCACAAACAGAAAGCAUGUCCAAGAAGGCUUCGAACAGGUACAGCAAGCUCUACUCGAAUAUACGGUGUCAUGUUACCCUCAAAUACAGGAAAAGUUCAACAAGAUGCAACAGCUCCUGCCGGAGAUCCACAGCCUGGCGGUGCGCGGCGAGGAGCACCUCUACCACAAGCACUGCAGCGGCAGCGCCCCCACCCAGACCCUCCUCAUGGAGAUGCUGCACGCCAAGCGGAAAUAACGGCCGUCCGCCCCCCCCCUCUCGUUACCAUAUCCGUGUGCAAUACCGGCUUACACUGUACAUAGGUUAAUGGAAAUCUCAUAGUAGUCGUUUUGACAUUUCGAUGCCUUUUAUGAAGUACAAAGAGCAAGGGCGGCGAGGCCGCAUCAUAUUUUUGUAAUAAGCUAAGAGAGAGACCCGGCCACAGCACCCUGCUCCGUGUGGAUUUUUCGUUGUUUUUAUUUAUGUUACGUUGAUUUGAGGUUUUUUUUUUUUUACUUUACGACGACACACAUUCCAUGAGAUGUGCUCCCGAGGGAUUCAAGGGCAUCCUAGAUUAGGCCAAGCUUGCGACGAUGUGAGAGAGCGUGUGGGCGGCGAACCGCGCCGCCGUUAACUUGUAGUACGUGUAGCUUAACCGUGGUGAUGGACUAACUAACAGCUGUAAUAUUAUGUAAUUAUAGAGUAUACAUACAGUUUUAUUACUAGGCGAUAAGUUUAUUAUUAUUAUUAUUAUUAUUAUGUUAAAAUUUAUAUAUUAUGGAUGUUAACGCUACCCGGCGGGCAAGGUACUGUGGUCUAUAUUCGUGUUGUUGUUAUCAAAGGUGGUGAAUGCUGCUCGUCGUUGAUCGCGAUGGUCACUUUACGCAAACAGAUCAGCUGGACGCGCUUUAUUUCUCGGGUGGGAGGGUUCGGGUACAUCGAAACCGCGCCGACCGGAUUCGACGUCGUCGAGUUGUGAUAUCGGGAAUGUGUACAUAUGUAGAGUAACGGUUGUUGGUCCGUAGCGGACAAAUAUAAAUUUUUGUAAUCGGGAAAAUUAUUUUUUUACAUCACGUUGUUGGGUAUGCUAGGUAUGCGGUUGCGGGGCUCCCCCCGCUUCACUCGCUGUGAUUCGAUGAAGGUUUUACUUUGUAUGUGAUAUAAGCAGGUUUCGUUCAGAAAUUUAUGUGGGGAUACUUUUUGAAAUGUGAUUUUCCUGUGGGAAAGAAAUUGUGAGUGUCGUACAUAAAUUGGAAGGUAAUAGCUCAUCGCUACUGAUUCCGUUCCGUUUGUUUGUCGAAACUGCAUUUUAAACGGGAAAUUCGUCAUUAAAUUCGCAUUCAAACCUGACUUCAAGUUGAAAUUUUUUAUUUGACCUUGAAAUGUCGAUUUGUGCUUAAAAUUUCGUAUAAUAGUAAAAAUAUCUCAAAACAGUAAGAACAAACUCAAAAUUUCAACUAUAAGUAUGAAAUUUUUAAUUAUAUACCGAAAUUUCAUACAAAAUUUAAAUUUAAACUAGAAAUUUCUGUUUUAAGCUUGAAAUAUUGAAUUCGAGCUCGAUAUUUGGUAAAUGAAAAUAAAAUGGAGACUCCAAAAUUUCAUGUUCAAAUUUAAAAUUUCCAGAGAAAAUUCAAAUUUCAACUCAAAAUUCUGGUUUGAGCUUGAAAUUUAGAAUUUGUCCUCGAAAUUUUGUCUAUAAAGAAAAAUAUCUCGAAUUCGUAAU